CGCACGCGUGGCUCGGAGCUGGGCUCCAGGCCGUGCUCCGCGCCGGGCCUUGGUGUCCACCUCGCCUGGGGGCGGCCACACGGUGUCGCGCGCAUGCCUGGGAGGGGCGGACCGCUCUUCCUCCGAGGCGGCGGCGGCGGCGGCAGCAACGCCGCUGCUGGGCCCAAGAUGGACCUCCCGGCACUGCUCGCCGCUCCGACCGCGCGCGGAGGCCAACAUGGCGGCGGCGUCCCCGGCCGCCUACGCCGCGGCCCGGGGCCGCCCCUCAGCGCGGGCCCCGGACGCCGCCGCCUGCUGCUGCUGAGGGGCCCGGAAGAUGGCGGGCCCGAGCCGCGGCGUGAGGAGGCCCCCGGGCCGAGCCCGCCGUCCCCCGAGGACGGCGGCGACUCCUUCGUGGUGCUGCUGGAAGUGGCGCGCGGCGCCGCCGCCGAGGCCCCGGGGAGGCGGGAGGCCGAGCCCGACCCCGGCGCGAGCCCCGCGGGCCGCCCCGAGCCGGGCCCCAGCGGCCCGGCCACCGCCCCCGGCGCGGCCCUCGCGGGCACCGUCACCAUCGACCACCAAGACCUGCUGGUGCGCUUCGACCACGGCGUCUUCACGCUGGCCGCCGCGCCGCCGCCGGCGCCGGGGCCACCCGCGCUCGGCCCGCCCGCCCAGCCGGGAGCCGAGAGCCCGGGCCUGGCCGGGGGCCGCCGCGGACCCCCGGGGGCCGGCUCGGGCGCGCCGGGCUACCGCUGCCCCGAGCCGCAGUGCGCGCUGGCCUUCGCCAAGAAGCACCAGCUCAAGGUGCACCUGCUGACGCACGGCGGCCUCCAGGGCCGGCGGCCCUUCAAGUGCCCGCUGGACGGCUGCGGCUGGGCCUUCACCACCUCCUACAAGCUCAAGCGGCACCUGCAGUCGCACGACAAGCUGCGGCCCUUCGGCUGCCCGGUGGGCGGCUGCGGCAAGAAGUUCACCACCGUCUACAACCUCAAGGCGCACAUGAAGGGCCACGAGCAGGAGAGCCUGUUCAAGUGCGAGGUGUGCACCGAGCGCUUCCCCACGCACGCCAAGCUCAGCUCCCACCAGCGCAGCCACUUCGAGCCCGAGCGGCCCUACAAGUGUGAUUUUCCCGGCUGCGAGAAGACGUUCAUCACAGUGAGUGCCCUCUUCUCCCAUAACCGAGCCCACUUCAGGGAACAAGAGCUCUUCUCUUGCUCCUUUCCUGGAUGCAGCAAACAAUAUGACAAGGCCUGUCGACUGAAAAUUCACCUGAGAAGUCAUACAGGUGAAAGACCAUUUAUUUGUGAUUCAGACAGUUGCGGCUGGACCUUCACCAGUAUGUCCAAACUCCUAAGGCAUAAAAGGAAACAUGACGACGACCGGAGAUUCACCUGCCCCGUGGAAGGCUGCGGCAAGUCGUUCACCCGGGCGGAGCAUCUGAAGGGCCACAGCAUCACCCACCUGGGCACCAAGCCGUUCGAGUGUCCUGUGGAAGGGUGCUGCGCUAGGUUCUCCGCUCGCAGCAGUCUGUACAUUCACUCCAAGAAGCACCUCCAGGACGUGGGUGCUCCGAAAAGCCGCUGCCCGGUGUCCAGCUGCAACAGGCUCUUCACCUCCAAGCACAGCAUGAAGGCGCACGUGGUGCGGCAGCAUGGCCGGCGCCAAGAUCUCGUACCUCAGCUAGAAACUCCAAGUUCUCUCACACCCAGCAGCGAACUGAGCAGCCCCGGCCAAAGCGAGCUCACCAACAUCGAUUUAGCUGCUCUCUUCUCGGACGCACCUGCCGGUGGAAGUGGGUCGGCAGCUGGGUCGGACGAGGCCCUGAAUUCUGGAAUCCUGACCAUCGACGUCACUUCUGUGAGCUCCUCUCUGGGGGGGAACCUCCCUGCCAGUAACAACUCCUUAGGGCCCAUGGACCCCCUGGUCCUGGUGGCCCACAGUGACAUUCCUCCAAGUCUGGACAGCCCUCUCAUUCUUGGGACAGCGGCCACGGUUCUCCAGCCAGGCAGCUUCAGCGUGGAUGACGUGCACACCGUGAGUACGGGACCAGUAGGCUGUCUGGUGGCUCUGCCUGUGGGUCAGGACCCCACAGCUUUGACCUCCAGUGGUAACUUGGCAGCACAUGUCAUCACCCCGACCUCUUCAAGCACCUCUCAAGAAACCGCCAGUGUCCCAGAACUGCUGGCUUCCGUCAAGGUGGAGCGGGACUCGUCUCCUGUCCCUGCUGUAGUCAAGCGACAGCAAGGAAGCCCCGCCCCACCCCCGCCUGUGUUCUCCGGCCCGGCAGAAAAGCACAGUGCGCAGGACUCGGAGCUCAGUGCCGGCCCCGGCGGCCUCUAUUUGCUGUGUGACGUGGGGCUCCCUGACUUCUCUGAGUCCAAGUGGUGUGUGGUGAAGGGGUCGCAGGAAAGUGGGGGCUCAGCAAGAACUGAUUACCGGGCCAUUCAACUAGCCAAGGAAAAAAAGCAGAAAGGAGCGGGGAGCCAUGCAGAACAGGGAGAGGAAAGCAGCCGUGCCGUUGACCGGAAGAGACAGUCAACUUUGUGACAGAAAACCGAGGGCAUCCAUGUCACAGUACAAACAUAAACAAGUCUGACUCCCCUGCCAAGAGACAGAGGGAACAUGGCAGAAAGCAAAACCCCAGCUGGUGUUGUCUGGAGGAGGCACACCCUGGGUGGAAAUAUUCCAGAAGCUUAAAGUGAAAGACAGGAUAAAACCGAACAGAUCACAAAGCCAGGGUUCGUGUUACUGUGACAUGUUGAAUCCCAGGAAGAAGAGUGGGCACAGUGAAGAUGUACCCUUUCCCGGUUGCUGUUCGUGUGUGACCCGUAGCAGAGCUUCACCACCCACAAGCAGGGCUGGCACUGGCUCAGUGGCGGAGCGCUCGCCCAGCACGGGUGAGGCCCUGGUUGAUCCUCGGCAGCACAUAAAAAUAAAUAAAUAAAUAAAAUAAAGGUAUUGUGUCCACCUACAACUAAAAAUAUAAAAGAAAAUAUUUUAAAACUCAUGAACAUGUUAUACAAAUGUUUAUUUGAAAACUUACAAUAUGGAACAAUAUAAGUGAAAAUGAAUACAAAUCUAGGAGAACUGGAUGAAUAAAAACCUAGGAAUACUAAACCUGAUGAAUUAGGCUCCUUAUUUUACAAAUCAAGCAGGUAAAAAAAUGAGGCUACAAAAGACCUUCCCUUAAUUGGUGCUAUUCCAUGUCCAUGGAAUGUUCAUAGGAAUGAAACUGAAGAAAUCAGGGCACAUGGAAAAGGGUAGUCAAAAGUCUCUGGAAAAAAAUCUUGACUGUACUGUUUUCAGACCAUUCGUGGUAAAUUACAAAGUAAAAAUUACUUGGAGAACCAAACCUGCCAAACAGUUGAGUCAAAUAAAAGCUACUUGCAAAUACUGACAGACGUUGAUAGCCAUUUAGCUCUAAGUUUUUACUCUUGAGCAAACAACUUCUCUGCUUCUGUCUUUGUAAAAUGACGAUAAAAUCACCUGCUUAGGCUUCUUGUGGAGUUUAAAUAAGAUAAUACAUGGAAAGUACUCAUAAGCCGAUGAUCGCUGUGUUACUGGUUGUGAAAUGGGGAUGUGGCUGGUUCAAGGGUGUGCCCCAGAUGCCUUCCUAUUAACUAAGAAAAAGAAAGUUUAAGUGGAGUUAGCCGUUAUUUCAAGAUGAAAAAAGAACAGUUCUAAGAAGAGUCAAAUCCAGAUUUUGAUGCUUUCAUGUGACCACCAAAUUCAAAUUUGAAAGAACUUUCAUGUGUGGGCCAAACAAAACAUACCCUAGUGGAUAUCUUCCCGGGCUGUCAGUUUUCACUUUUAUCUGAGCAGAUGGACCAAGGAAAAAGAAAGCAUAAGUAAAUUGCACGGUGAGUGGGAAACACAGAAAUAAACCUGUCUCAUAAACUAUAUGAUAAUAAUUGAGAAUACUGAGAGCAAAAUGAUAAUUUUCCAGGAAAAGAGAAGUUACCAUCAUUAAAAAAUAAGAAUUUAAACAACUUAUAACCUUGGAAGAAGUUAGUGUGUCGGAGUCGCACUUCACUUGCGUGAAGGUUACGCAGGCCGAAUCUUGUCCUUCCUGUGGUAUGUGCAGGACAUGCCGACCCAGAGCUGGGUGAGGGAUGGAUGCUUCCCAGGACAAACCUGACUAGGAGACCCCUCAGAAAGAGUCUCAGACGGGUGACUCUGGGGAGUGUUCUCUGCAACACACCCUUAAGAUCUGGCACCAUGCAUAACGUAUCCUCACCAAAUGGGGCCUGAGAAUGAUAAUGUUGGGAAAUCUGCUAGCCAGUUUUUCACCAAGGUCAGUGAGGAACCUUACUAUUUUCUGAACAGAUCUUGUGUCUGAUUUUAAAAAUUGAUAGCCCUCACCGAUGGAAGUAAGAAUGCAUAAUAAAGAUUCUGUAGCCCAAACCAGCAACCUGCAGUAUGCUUGAUGGUGAAAUCAGAGGCCCCUCUGCACAUGUGCCUGGGGAUUGUACAGGAAGUUCUUAGGUAACCAUUGUUCCCCUUGGUAUUUUAUGGUCUCCUGGAGCUUCUUAUCAUUGAAAGAAACCAAGAAAAAGAAAAAAAAGAACAGUAGGCACAAAACAGAACAUCUAGAUUUUUUUCAACUGUUCGGCCAACCCAAAAGAAUCGACUGAAAAAUUAGUGAGAUGUAGGUGACACUUAGGGACCUGUUACAAAAUAAACGGGUACCAGCUGCAGUUCGCUGUGUGCAGCCAUAGCCAGUGAGGAGGUGGGGGGGCACCUCCCUCCUUCACAGUAGCAGUGAAAACCGGAAGCUCUGCGGGGAGACACUCCUCAGUGACAGGAACUCAAUGAAGAGGACAGCAGCUUGGCCGAGAGACAGACUUGAUUGCUCUCUGGCAGGGUGGCCUCUUCCCUUUGAUAAAUCACGGAGAGGCAGAGAAUAGCCCCAGUCAGUUGAGGGUGGACGUAUCCGGUCACCAAAGACUGAGUGAGCCCAGUGGUUAAUGUGACAGCGAGGAAGGAGGCCCGUGAGAAGUUACCCUGAAACAGGGAGGACAGGAAAGGCCUCACCAGAAAGGUGACACCCGCAGGCACUGGGAAGGGGGGUGGCAGGGAUGGAGCCCGGGAGGUGCGGCCUUGGCCAAGGGGACACAGUCCAGGAAGGACCUGAGGCCUGAGCCUGUGGUUUUAGGAGAGGGCGGAGAGCCCAGCUGGAGCCCGGGUGGCUCAGCCUCAUCCAUCAUGGUCACGACUGGCUUUCCACUCGGGUUUGCAGGAAAAAACUUGAGAAGAUGUAAUUAGAAGAAGUGCGUCAUGAUUUUAAAAGGGUCAUUCUGGCUGCUCCUUUGAAAAGUAAUAGUUGGGACAGGAGAGCAAUUAGGGGUUUUUUUAUGGUCAUCCAGCAAAAACAGGAGUGUCCAAGAUCACAGGGGUGACUGAAUGCUGGGGAAACCCGAAGGGAGAGUCCACAGGGUUUGCUGACACGUGGGCCUGCCGACUCCCCUGGGGGUUGUAGCACAACUUCACUUGAAACCCAAGAACCAUUGUGUAGGAACCCAAGGAAACGGGAAACGACCUGGAGGCUCUGCAUUGUGGUUCUUAAGACUUGUCACAGGCCACAGCAACUCAAAACAGAAAGGGCACUGGUGUCACAUAGGCAGAGCCAACAAGAGAGAGAGACUAGGACCAGGGUCACCUGUGUGUGGAAAAGGUGUCUCUUCACAGGAUUGCCAGAUAAAGACCAGCCUCUGGGGAAAAAAGAAUAAAAUUCCAUAGAGAAUAAACAGACUGAGCGUGGUGGCACACACUUGUCCCAGCAGCUCGGGAGGCUGAGGCAGGAGGAUCAGCAGUUGAAAGCCAGCCUCAGCAAAAGGCCGUAAAUAACUCGGUGAGACCCUGUCUCUAAAUAAAAUACGAAAUAGGGCUGGGGAUGUGGCUCGGUGGAGUGCCCCUGGGUUCAAUCCCCGGGACCAGAAAAACAGUGAAGAUGAGAGGCUUAAGGUUUCUGAAAAGCUGUCCUAAUAGCCAGCACUUAACUGGGCUCUGUUUUGUGUGCGGUAAUUCCUUUUAAAUCCUCACCGUCACCCUAGGAGAUCAUCCCACGAUUAGCUGCCCUUUCUGCACUGGGGCCACUGAAGCCCAGAGGCUGGGGCUUUCCAGCAUCUCUUAGGCAGCGGGGGCUUGGCCUGGGCUCUUCCCUACCAAGGGACCACAGGUAACCCAGAGCGGAGACCCCGUGAGCAUGAAGUCUUGAUGCAGAUCUGCUCCGAAGCAUUGCCACAUCAGACAAGGACGACGAAUGCCUUCGUGGGAAAGACACAGCGAACCCUCACAGAGGAGUGUGUCCGCCCCUGAGGCAGAUGAACGCCCAGCGCCAGCCCAGAGGCCUGGGAAGCAUCCUCGUGGACUCAGCCUGACGUUUCUGGAGGGUCGUUUGGUAAUGUUUCCAAGAGAAAAUUAUAAUAAUCAUGUUCACUCUUCCGGUUACAUCUUUGGAGUUUCGCCAGUGGAAAUGCCCAGGGGUCUGUAUAAAGGUGCCUUGUGCCAGCUGCCACUCUCCGCAGGAUGGUUUAUAAUGAAAUAUCUGUAAGUCACAUUUCAUCAAUAAAGCUGCACACUUUGUGUUUCUCAGAAAAGCUGGCUGUGCUCAGAGACACAUUUGUGUGAGCGUGUGCACAGACACGCGAGUGGGGCGUAUCCUUGCAUGGAUCGUGGUUUUUUUCCCUGAGUGUUGCGAUUGUGAAUAUUUUGUUACGACCAUUUCUACCUUUUGUAUUUGAGAACACAUGGACUGUGUAAUUAAAAAAAUCAUUAUUAAAACUGCCAUUGAAAUGGUGAGCAGUAGAGUAGCUGUUCCUCGUAGGAUGACUUUGUAAGACUUCCCCAGACUCCGUAUCCUCACCUGGAAACAGGCCUGGGGUCCCUUUCUGGAGAAGAAGUGGGAAAGAAGCCAGGUCACCAAGCACGUGCCUCAUGUCCAUGGAACUCAGUUACAGUGCAGUGGCUGAGCCCAAUGAGCCCCAGCUUGUGGGCAGAGGGGUGAGCUGACUGUGUUGUGCUGAGUUGUUUUCAUGGAGAAUUUGGGUGGAAUUGAGCCUUGAGAGUCAGUCAGUGACCUAAUCAUUUUUUUGGGGAGCCCCAAGGAUUGAACUCGGGGACACUCAACCAGUGAGCCACAUCCUCAGCCCUUUUUAUAUUUUAUUUAGAGACAGGGUCUCACUGAGUUGCUUAGGGCCUUGCUGUUGCUGAGGCUGGCCUCCACCUUGUGAUCCUCCUGCCUCAGCCUCCCAAGCCGCUGGGACGACAGGCUUCUGCCACCGUGCCUGGUAGUGACCUAAUCUUUUUAAUUACUUUUUUCACUUAAAAAUCUUUGGGCAUCGUAGUCACAGGUCUCUUCCUCAUCCUCCUGUUGCUGCCACAAU